AAUGGUGACGGACGUACAACUGGCGAUUUUCGCCAAUAUGCUCGGCGUUUCGCUCUUCCUGCUGGUGGUCCUUUACCAUUACGUUGCUGUCAAUAACCCAAAGAAACUGGAGUGAAGUAGCUCUCCAGCGGAUUUGGAAGGGACCAUUCCGUGUGUGAUGAGACUCCUCUGCCAUAAUGGAACGACAUGCACUGCUUGAAUCAGCCUGUAAAUGACUAUUUUGUUUGGAUUAUGUUGUGAAUAAAAAUAUUCAUGGAGUUGCUUUAA